AUGUCUAUUUCCCUAAUGGGACAGUUAGGUGGAAAUAAUGGUAUAAAAGAGGUUCGUAUACUAUACUCGGAUCAACAAACGGCUGAUCAAAAGCAAACGUUUCCAUUGAUUAGGGGUCGGCCUAUGUUUGCUGAAGUCGAGUUCAUACCCUCUUAUAUACCACAAUUAACGUAUUAUAUGGCCGUAUCGGUAAUUAUGCCAAAACAAAUACGCAGUACCGGUGCUGAUGGUCCCUGGGUGCUGGGCUAUCAUCAGGAGCCGUUUACUGUACCCCUGUGCAGGCUAUGUACUAAUCGUAAUCAAUCGUAUACUAUGCCGGUUACCAUAUUUUUGCCCGAUGAUGGCUGGUGUGCUCAGGGACCGGUGCCUACGGGUUGGAAAGUAGAGGCCAUACCACAAAACCCGAAGGACAGCGACAAUACGGAUAUGAUAAUUGGGAUGAGUAUCGAUGAGAGAGCACACAUAGUAAUAGCCAAUGCCAACACAAGCACCCGGUGCCGCAACAUUAAUGAAUACAUUAAUUAUACCAUUCCUGUAGUGUUUUGA